AGAAACUUUGGUGGACAUGAAGGCGGCUUGUCGUACUGGCACUACUGUACAUGGAGUCAAGGGCCCAUCUCCACUUAUUAACUUAUCAGGUUUUAGCCCUGCUUGGUCAUGGUGCCCAGAUUACAUGCAUUGUGUUCUACUUGGUGUCGCAAGACAGUUGACAGAAUUGUGGCUCUCUGAUACAGGAGCAGAUUAUUACUGUGGCAUGCCCUCUACUGUGAGGGUUAUAAAUGAACGGCUUGGUGAAAUAAGAAUGCCUGUAUGUGUUAGCCGUCAGCCACGACCGCUGCAGGUUAGAAAAUAUUGGAAGGCCUCAGAAUGGCAGUACUGGUUGCUUUAUUACAGUGUACCUUGUCUCACUGGUGUGCUUGAGGACAAGUAUAUGACUCACUGGAGCCUUCUUGCAUCAGGUGUAUUCAUCCUGCUAAAGGAUUCUAUUUCACGUGCAGAUAUAGACCUCAGCACACAACUACUUACAGAGUUUGUCGUUGGUGUUGAAUUUUUGUACGGCCGGAGCAACAUGACGUACAAUGUGCACCAGCUUUUACAUUUGCCAAAGUCGGUUGUUUUGUUUGGACCUCUGUGGGCACAUUCUUGUUUCUCAUUUGAAACAAAUAUGGGCAGGCUCUUGAAGCUAAUAACAUCUGCCAAUGGAGUGGCCUUGCAGAUUGCUAGCAGGCUUCUCUUGCGCAGCAGUCUGCUAGCCCUGAAAGCACGUGCAAGCAACUAUGCACUUUCGCUGAUCAAAGAAAGUGCUGCAAAAGAAUGCUUGGAAAACAUUACUUCUCUAGGCAAACCUGAGACAGUUCAUGAUGAUUUUUCUGCCCAUACAGAACUACAGGGAAAGCAAAUAGUUGAAUUUCGUAGGAUGAAGGUUGGGUGCACUGUAAUUGCAUCAGAGCGGUACAGCAAACAUGUCAGAACAAAUAGCACUGCUAUUGUUUUUCCAGGUGGCACAUAUGCCAGGGUAAAAAGAAUAUUCUGCUCCAGAGAACCAUCUGGAGAACACUUCUUUAUUAUUUCUGAAGUAUACACUGUUGACUCUGUCAUGCCAAGUGAGCACAUUAAGAACGCAAAAAAACGAGGUGAUGAAUGUCUGCUCAAAAUUGGUGCACAGAUACGACCAUGCAUAUAUUUUUGUUUUAAUAACCACGAGUACUUUUGCGAUUUAGUUAACUCUUAUGAAUGGUUUUGAUGACCUAAUAGCUCACAAUAAAAAAAUUAUGGCACCAAAGUUUUUAAUGUGAAGCAUUAGGAUUGGCCCCUGGUUUAUUCUUGUCCAGCCAGAUAGCGUCAAAAAUAAAGUGUACAGUGGUAGGCUUCGAACACUGGUCCAUCAGUGCUCCAGUAGGUAUAAGGCUCUCUUCAUCCUUAGAAAGAUGUUGCCAUAUGCAGAAUAUUGGUCAGGACAGGGUAACAAAUUAAGAAAUCCAAUUUGAUGAUCUGCUAGUUAGGCUAUAGUAGCAUGUGCUGCCAGCAGAGUAAAUAACCUCAUGAGUUUAUUUUUCGCAAUCACUAGCUCUUUGAGAUGCUAUAUGAUGUUCAACUAACUUCAGUACCAGCCAAGUAGGUUCAAGGUGCAACACCCAGCAGCUGCUGUCAAAUGAAACUAGGAAGGUUUAUGAAAACCUUAGCUGGGAAGCUGUCAUGAAUCAAAUAAAAGUUAGUCAUCUUCAGUAAUGCCUUGUGCUUGCAAGUACUCUUGCUUUCUUUGUGUUUUGUUUUGUACUCCUGACGGUGCUUGGCAUCUUUUAAUUGCAGUCUCCAUGAUGCAUCAACGAAACCACUUGUAAGCAGGUGUUUGAGAGAUGAAAAGUUUUCCUUCCUCUGUUUGCCGCAUGCAUGUGAAGUACUUCCUUAUUGUGCUAGUGUAUUGUGCUUGAGAUAGUAAUAUAUCUCUUACUACACGUAGCAGGACAUUUUGCAUCCAAGUCGUGCUGCAUAAGACCAGCUGCUGACAGGGUAUCCGUUAGUCUGCUUCUGACAGCCACUUAGCAAGUCAGAUGCUUUGCUUUAGCAUAGAUUCCCACAGCACUUGCGAGACUUACUUAACUGCCUUUUCUGUAUGUUGUGGUUGCUUGAUGUUGCAAGAACUUCAAUGUUACUCUUCUAUUAUGAAAAUAUUGAAUAUCAUGCAGGCUUUGUACCAGCAGGUAUGUGAAAAUUACUUAAGGUGGCUAUAUGUAUACCAGUGUUAUACCUUGGUCUUUUGGCUUGAUUACAAAGAACAGAUGCACUCAUUGGUACUACAUUGUGAUUCAAUACGCCACAACUAUGUGUAAUAAUUUAGGAUUGUUUUCAUAUAAAAGUAAUGCUAUGCUAUCCAAGCAUUCUCCUGCAUUGUCAGCAGUUUAAGCAAUUUUUAUACAUUGAUGUGUUCGACUCUGAGUCAUGUAGUUUUAAAGUGUACGAACUAUGCACUUAAUACUCUUGCAUAUCUCAUAAGCUCAUGAUUCAAGACAUUUAGCCACAUGUUCAAUUCAUGUGUGCAUGCAGCCUGGUAUUACGUGACACAUCUUUUUUCCUGCAGUAACCUUACUUUGAAGCAUAACAAAUACAACUACACAAUUAAGUAAACAAGACUAAAUGAGUGCAACAUGCAGGACGAGCACUCAUCCUGUCUGGUUUACCUUUGAUGUGUAGUUGUCUUUUUCUUACGAUUCGAAGUACCUUCAGGGAACCUUACAACUCACUUAAGUUUUUGUUCUGCUAAACCUUCAAUUUACAAACUGCUGACAUUAUAAAGCUGGAUUUUAGUCAAUGUGUGAUUAAACGUACCUAAUUUUGCAAGCACUUUCAGGUUGCCUUCAGCACAUUACAUGACCACGAGAUACUUGCGGAAACUAAGCAGCUAAUCUGCUUCUAGUCCUUUUGUAGCAGACAGUGCACAUAUUUGUUUGAAGCUGUAUUUACCUGUUUCUUUAUAUAUAUAUAAACGAAUAACGAUUGUCUGCACUGUGUCUGCUCAAUCGAGAAGGUUGCAUGUUUAAAAGUUAGUGACUUUUCAGAACCUAUGUAAAACAUAGUAAUGUUCAUUGCUAUGAUACUUGCACUGUCAUCAAUACUAUGCAGCAAAGGGACAGCAGUUUUUCUUACAGUUUAUGGCUUCGUAGAUUGCUGCACAAAGAAAACUUUGCAAGGGCAUGGCAUUGUGUUGUUGUGUUCACUUGUGCUCCUGUGUAUACACAUUCUCGAGCUACUGUGCAGGUUCUAACCUACAAGUAAUCGGCGAAUCAUUCAUGCAGCUGGAAGUAAAGUGAUCCCCUAAUGUAAAUGCUGAAACUGAAAAAUGUUGAAUAUGGUGUAACCAGUGAAACUAGGACAAAGCAAAUGCACUAGCUAUCAUUUUUAUUAUUGGAUCAUGCAUACCUUGGAAAUGAACAUUGUACAAUAUACCGAAUGGUUGAAAAUAAGCAUGUUGGCAAAUCUUCAAACUUAUAAGAUGGAGCGCUGAUAGAGGAGUUCAGAAAAAGAACAACACAUGGUUCCAUCCGUAUGUUGUCCUUUUUUUUCCUGCCAUUUACUGAUCCCCCUAAUAAGUUGCAAAAUAUGUGUCGCAGCCAUUCUGUAUGCUUUGAACAGACAUACUUCAAGCUGUUCGCUAGUUCCAUUUAUAAGGUGUCAUUUCCCACACAUAUUUUUGCCUGUCAAUUGCAAUAAAAAAUUGUUCAUAUGACCAA